AUGAGUUACAUGAUUUCCCAAAAGGGUGGAUAUGAUAAAGUUGGUUUUACCAGCAAAGACCUACAUAACCACAUUAGUAAGACUAGGCAUGGCCAAGUGAAAGACGAUGAUGCUUUUACUGCAUUGGCUUAUCUGUUGUGCAAAGAAGACAGUGACCCAUUAUUUCUAGGAAAGUUCACCUUAAAAGAUGGUAAGUUAGAUAAUUUGGUGUGGACUGAUAGAGCAAUCGUUGUUGAUUACGAAUAUUUUGGUGAUGUAUUGGCUUUUGACACCACUUACAAGAAAAAUGUCUACAACAAGCCCUUGGUCAUAUUUUCAGGGACCAACCACCAUGGUCAAACAACUAUCUUUGGAUGCGCCUUGCUUUCGGAUGAAAAGUCAAAAACUUUCAAGUGGGCACUGAAGGAAUUUUUGAAAAUCAUGUCAGACAAACUAUCUGGAGGCAAUAUGACAAACAGGGACCCGCUAUGA